AACGGUCCAGGCUCUGCAGACGGCAUCCCACCUGUCCCAGCAGGCUGACUUGAGGAGCAUCGUGGAGGAGAUUGAGGAUCUUGUUGCUCGCCUCGAUGAACUGGGAGGUGUAUAUCUCCAGUUUGAAGAAGGACUGGAAACGACAGCCUUAUUUGUGGCUGCCACCUACAAGCUCAUGGACCACGUGGGGACUGAGCCAUCCAUUAAGGAGGAUCAGGUCAUCCAACUCAUGAAUGCCAUCUUCAGCAAGAAGAACUUUGAGUCACUCUCAGAAGCCUUCAGCGUGGCCUCUGCGGCCGCUGCGCUCUCUCAGAAUCGCUAUCACGUGCCAGUUGUGGUUGUGCCCGAGGGCUCUCCUUCCGACACUCACGAACAGGCUAGCCUUCGGUUGCAGGUCACCAAUGUUCUGUCUCAGCCUCUGACUCAGGCCACUGUUAAACUAGAACAUGCUAAAUCUGUUGCUUCCAGAGCCGUUGUCCUCCAGAAGACAUCUUUUACCCCUGUAGGGGAUGUUUUUGAACUAAACUUCAUGAAUGUCAAAUUUUCCAGUGGUUAUUAUGACUUCUCUGUCAAAGUUGAAGGUGACAACCGUUAUAUUGCAAAUAGUGUCGAGGUAAGUGCUUUUCUUGUCAUCCCCAUUAAAUCCACGGAAAUGACCAAGUAGGCACACAGCAUUAAU